AUGGCGGAAAUAGUGUACCCGCAAGGCUGCCGACCUAUCACCGAUGACCUUGGACCUGAUGAGCUGGUUCGAAGACUAAAGGCCCUGGCUCACACCUUGCAGGGUCUGGGUCAGGAUGAGGGUAUGUACCAGCAGUUCAUUCCGCUGGCGAUUCACCUCGCCGAUGAGUUCUUCCUCACGCAUCCUUCGCGUGACGUGCAGCUGCUCAUCGCGUGUUGCAUCGCCGACGUGUUACGGGUCUACGCUCCUGAAGCGCCUUAUAAAGAUCAGGAACAGGUCAAAACAAUAUUUUUGUUCUUAAUAAACCAACUUCAGGGUCUACGCGACCCAAAAGACCCGGCGUUCAAGCGCUACUUCUAUUUGCUGGAGAAUCUGGCCUAUGUAAAGUCCUUUAACAUGUGCUUUGAGCUAGAGGACUGCCAGGAGAUAUUCUGCGCCCUCUUCUCUCUAAUGUUCAAGAUUGUCAAUACGGAACACUCUACAAAGGUGAAAUCCUUCAUGCUGGACGUAUUGUGCCCGCUUAUCACAGAAUCGGACGUGGUUUCCAACGAACUGCUAAAUGUGAUCCUUAUUAAUCUGGUGGAGCCUAACAAGCGAGAACACAAACAUGCAUACGCACUCGCUAAAGAGUUGAUCGUCAAAACCAGCGAGACCCUUGAGCCCUGUAUACAGGCGUUUUUUAACCACGUUCUCAUUCUCGGCAAAGAAGAGAAGAGCCUUCUAAUAUUUUCAAAAGUGUAUGAGCUAAUAUAUGAACUAUAUCAGUGCUGCCCCGCCAUAUUGCUGUCUGUGUUACCGCAGCUAGAGUGCAAGCUCAAAUCAGCACAGUUUCAAGAGAGGCUGAGUGCGGUCGCGUUACUAGCUCGAAUGUUCUCCGAACCGGGUUCAGAACUCGCCAAGCAAUAUCCUGCCUUGUGGCGGGCGUUUUUGGGGCGUUUCAAUGACAUUUCCGUACCUAUACGGAUCAAGUGCGUUCAAUAUUGCAUGCACUUCCUCGUUCACCAUCCGGAUUUGAGGAAGGAUAUAACGGAAACGCUGAAGAUGAGACAGCACGACGCACACGAGCAAGUGCGUUACGAAGUCGUUAUGGCGAUAAUAGCGACAGCGCAAAGAGACUUCCAAGCCGUCGCGGAAUCAGAAGAUCUAUUACAUUUUGUCCGGGAAAGGACCUUGGAUAAGAAAUUCAAAAUUCGCAAAGAAGCGAUGUCGGGCCUAGCGAUGAUAUACAAAAAGUUUUUGACUGAGAACAGUGUACCACCGGCCACAGAGAAAGCAGUGCAAUGGAUAAAAGACAAAAUCCUUCAUGGAUACUACAUGACAGCCUUGGAAGAUAGGUUACUAGUUGAGAGGCUUCUCAAUACAUCUCUAGUUCCUUACACACUACCCGCACCAAUUCGCAUGAAGAAAUUGUAUUAUCUAAUGUCUAAUGUAGAUGAUAACGCAACAAAAGCGUUUAUAGAAUUACAAAAGCAUCAAUUAGCUGUACGACGUACGGUCGCAGAGUGGGUAGAGUUGCACAGGAAGCCCCCAACGCCAGCCGUGCAAAAGGAAUUGAUCGCUAAGGUCUUGCACAUAAGUUCCAAAUUCUUGCCGGAGUCAGUAAAAGCGCAAGAGUUCCUCAAUAAAUUCUCACAGCACAUGAAGAAAGCGCCAGAGCUGCUUCAGGGUAUGGAGACUAUUUUAAAUCCAAAUGUCAGCUGUGAAGUUUGUGUCAGAACAACAUCGAGCGUCCUUAAAAAGCUCGGUCAACCAGUAAUGACAAACCUGUAUUACAACACUGUGAAGAUGCUUCUAGAACGAGUCAGCUCAGUGAUGAUAGACCAUGAAUCUCUGCUUAUACUAGUCGGAUAUGUGGAGGGGGCGGUUAAAGGCACGGACACCUCUAUAGCAGAGGAGUGUGGCAUAGACUUGAAGAAAGCAGCGGAACGUGGCCUGAAGUUGCUUGUUAUGCUGUCGUUUGUGUUCCCCGCGCAUUUCCUGCACGAAGACAUUCUGAACCGACUGACUUCACUCUUAGAAAUGGACGAUGAGACCGUAGCCCCACAUAUACUGGCUGCUCUCACUUUCCUCGGCAAAUAUCGACCCUUAAGUGAGGCGUGUCCGGCGUUAUUCCCGAAAUUGAUCUCAUUGUGCAAAGCAUAUGCCGAAGUUGGCACACCGAAACAGGCAAAGAAUGCAGUGAGGUGCCUGUUCGUGAACGUGCCGGAGCAGCGGUCGCAGAUCUUCUCGGAGAUCGUGGAGACGCUGCGCAGCACGCUGAGCCCACACUCGGAGCAUUACCGCACCGCCAUCGUGACGCUGGGCCACGUGGCACACAACCUGCCCGACACCUUCCCCGUGCACAUCAAGAACAUCGUCUCCAGGAAGAUAGUCAAAGAACUACUAGUCCGUGAAGGCGGUGGGGGUCCAAAUGCACCCCAAAAUGACUGGUGCGACGAAGAGGAUCUACCGGAAGAGACUCGCUGCAAACUAGAAGGGCUCAAAUGUAUGGCGCGAUGGUUGCUAGGUUUGAAGAAAGAUGAAUUGUCCGCACAGAAGACGUUCAGAAUGCUUAAUGCUUUCAUUGUUCACAAAGGAGAUUUGUUACAGCAAAACCAAUUAUCAAAAGCAGAGAUGGCACAUUUACGGCUCGCGGCCGGCGCUGCUAUGUUGAAAAUCUGCGAACAAAAAGGUGUCGGUGAUCAAUUCACAGCAGAACAGUUCUACAAUUUAUCGCAUCUCAUGAUCGACGAAGUACCACAAGUGCGAGAGAUAUUUGCGGCAAAGCUUCAUAAAGGACUUUCAAAGGGAAUUCCGAACAAGUGCCUGCCCUUGGAUUUCAUGGGCAUGUACGCACUGGCGGGCCGCGAGCCAGACCGGCGAAUACGCGGCCUCGUGCGCCAGUACAUGCUGGCCGACGUCGUGCGGCGCCGCGAGUACGUGCGCAACAUCACCGUCGGCACUAAGGUUGAGAGAGCGGUUAGUCAGUUGCCUCACAUCCUACCAGACUAUAUGCUCGUAUUUGCUGUGCCGGUGCUCACACACGACCCGGCCUUCACCACGUAUGACAAUGUGGCUCAGCUCAAGGUAAUAAAACAAUGCUUGUGGUUCAUAUUGGAACCUCUAAUAACACGUAAUGAUUUCUACUGCUAUGGAUUCUACAAGAGUCUCGUCGACCGAAUGAAGAAUCACAAGGACGCGGUUAAUGAAAAUGACGAUGCAGUCAACUAUAAAAUGUGGGCGGUGUGCGACCUGGCGAUGUCGGUGAUCUGGUCGCGCUCCAGCAGCUUCGAGAUGCGCGAAUUCCCGUCGGACGCGCGCAUCCCCACCAUGUACUUCGCGCCGCAGCCCGACUACUUCGUCAACACCAGGGUCUUCCUGCCGCCCGAGCUACAGUUCCAGCCCAAGAGGCAGAAUCAAGUUGAACCCGGUAUGCGAGGCAAGAAGCGCCCGCGUGCGAUACCCGAGAAAGAGAGAGAAAAUACCAAUGAUGCCGAGCCCUCAGAAGCGUCAGAAACACAGAUCCAGCUGCCGGGCCUGGAACAGCCGCCGGAAACGGACGUGGACGAGCCGCAAGCGAAGCGGGCGAUAAGUGACUGA